AUGCGCUGCAUGACUACUCUGGCAUUCCUGAGCGCCGGCUUACUAGUCGCCCAGCCGACACUUGCCGCUGUCGAUGGCCUCUGUCCCAUCAUAGGUGCCGUACUGCCGCCGCCAGUGAAUUCUGGCUCUCAUCCAGCAGUGGUCAAGGCAAUUGCGGAACUAAGAUCGUUCCUAGAUACGACAACCAGCAACCUCAACGUCUCUAGCGUUUCGGUUGCCAUCAAAUCAAUCCACGAAGAUAAAAAACUGCUCGAUUUCCAUUCGACGCCACCAACGCUGGACUCGAGGGGUGUCAAGACUGUCGAUGGCAGAUCCAUAUACCGCAUCGGCAGCAUUUCCAAGAUUUUCCCCGUGUUGGCUGUUCUGAAGCUGGAUGGCGUUAGCCUGGACGAUAAAAUCACAAAAUACUUGCCUGAGCUCCGAGGCUUUGUUAGCCAACAACCUGUCAGGGAUGCGUUGACCGAGGUGGAGUGGGACGAGAUUACCCUAGGAGCGCUGGGAGCACACAUUGGUGGUAUCAGCGCGGAUUAUGUCAUCGACUAUGCAAGCUUCCCUGGGUACGUAGACCAGGCGGUACAGCUGGGACUCCCGGGGAAGGAGAAUAUAACCUCACCGGGGUGCGCUGGAGUUCCAGGCACUCGACUAUGUACAUGGGAAGAUUUCUUCCAGGGCUUUGGUGGACGGGCACCGGUUUUCACCCCCUUCAGUGCCCCGGCAUACUCCAACAUUGGCACACCCCUGCUGGCCCUGGUGGUUGAGAAGGUCUCCAAAACGAGCUAUCAGGACUUCUUGACCGAUAAGAUCCUUGCACCGCUGGGACUCAAUGACACCGGCUCCACCAAACCCGAAGAAUACAAGGGCGUCAUACCCAAGGACGACUUCUGGUUUGGGACAGACAUUGGUUUCGAGACGCCAGCUGGUGGGCUAUACUCGUCCUCAGAUGACCUGAUCGCCUUUGCCGAUGCGGUUCUGUCCAACAGGGUCCUCUCACCCGCGCAGACCCGCAAGUGGUUCAAGCCAUUGACAAACACGGCCUCGCUGGGCACACAGCUGGGAGCGCCGUGGGAGAUCUUCCGAGCCAUCAACGUCACUCGUGACCAGCGCACCAUCGAGGUGAUCACGAAGGGCGGAGAUCUGUUCAACUAUCGCAGCAGCAUUGCCCUUGUUCCCGACUAUGGCCUGGCCAUGACGGUGCUAGUGAGCGGCAAUACCGCCGAGAUGAGCGCCAUCGCGCCUUCCGUCCAGGCGACCGCCGUCAAGAUUCUGCUGCCGGCCCUGGAGCGGGCGGGCAAGGACCAAGCUGCAACGGCGUACGCGGGGAGGUACAUGGACGAAGCGACCAACUCGACCAUCGUGCUCGAAGUGGACCCGGAUGGUGAUUAUGGGCCAGGGAUUUGGGUUUCCGAAGUUGUAGUACGCGGAUUUGACGUGCUGGGGAACUAUCCUUUGUACAGCAACAUCAACGGCAGAGCACCCAGCACCAAGCAACUCGUCAGGCUCCGGCUGCAGCCGACCGAGGGCCUUUCGACCGGCGAGAGGCAGGCUUGGCGUGGGAUUUGGAACGUCGGCUCGGCGGAGCAGGUUGCAGCGCGUGAUGCGCCGUUUCCCUGGGCUGAGAACGGCUGCGUCACUUGGGCGAGCACAGAUCGACUGGUAUACGGGCUGCAGGCUUUGGAUAGAUUCAUCUUUAACGUCGAACGCAGAAGCAACGGGAUGAUCGAUGCGCAGAGCCUAGAGUUUCCUGCUUUUCAGGUGAAACUGGUUCGAGAGAACAAGGCAUGCAGGUGUUGGCGUUGGUGUAGCACUCAAACUAGAAUGUUCUCCUUUUUGGAGAACUCGCAUCGCGCCUCACAGCUCGAUUCGCCGGGAUCCGGCGGCUUACUCGUUUGUUGCAAAGUCAAAAGUCCAACGAUAGCAAAAGAAAAGAAGAAGAAAAAUUUGCCAUACCCCGAAUUAGUGUUGCAUCGAUUUCUUGAGCAGCAUCCUAUUGCAGCCAGGUGUGCUCCUUGGCAUCUUGGCAUCUCCAAAAACCCCCAACCUCCCCCUCACUGCACCUUCCUCUUCCGAACAUGGGAUCCGCGCUCUUGGCGUAAAAAGUUGCCUUUGGGCCCUGUCGGUCAAGGCCGGGCGACCUCGAUAACGAACAUUGAUGGUGGGUUUUUUUUCUCUUGGGGUGACGCGGGCCAGGAAGCAUGGCAGGAAAAGGAGAGGGGCAAACUACCUAACCUUAGCGGCCCGUCCAUCUCGCAUCGCUCGACUGAGGCUACCCCCCCAGGCAUCUCGCCAAAUUCACUUCCCGCGACCAUGAGGAUCCUCGACCAGAUCACCGCGGCCAAGGCUGCGACUGUCCUGCUCUCCGUGGCAGGCGUCGCCAGCUCGCAGAAAGUCUGCAAGCCAAAGGUCGACUCGGCCAAGCUCCAGGCCGACAUCACCGUCGAGAACCUGAUGAAAAAUCUGCAGGUGCUCAACGACCUCGCCUACGCCAACGGCGGCAACCGCGCCUUUGGUCUGCCCGGAAACGUGGCUACCGUCGACUACAUCUUUGACCGCGUUUCCGGUGUGCCUGGGACACGGGCCUGGAAACAGGAGUUUGGCGCCCAGUUCGCCCAAGUCCAAUCUCUGUCCAUCAAGUUCAACGGUGAGAAUGUCGGCCCCGCCUAUGGCCUGACGUACUCUCCCUCGACGAGUGCCGAAGGCAUUGAGGCCGAGAUCGUCGUUGGCCCCGAAGGCGCUGAUGGAUGCGACCCGGCCAACUACGCCGGCCUUGACGUGUCGGGCAAGAUCGUUCUGGUCGACCGAUUCCGAUGCCCGACUGGCGGCACCCUGGCCGGCCGCGUGCUUCCCGCUGCUCAGAACGGCGCCAUCGGAGUUCUCGUGUACAACGACGUGACCACACAGGUCACUGCCGGAUCGCUCGGUAGCCCGUCGGAUGAGUUCGUUCCGGCGGCUUUCAUCAACCGUGUUGAUGGGCUCGCAGCCAAGGAGAGAAUCGCUGCCGGCGAGACCAUCAUCGCCUUCCUCCAACAGACCCAGGUUGUCGAAGAGCGCAAGACGUACAACGUUUUUGUCGAGACUGAGGAUGGUGACCCGGACAACACCAUUGUGCUCGGCGCCCACCACGACAGCGUUCAGGCUGGCCCAGGUAUCAACGACGAUGCUUCCGGCUCAUCCCUUUUAAUCGAGCUCUUCCACGCCUUUACCAAGUACCGCACCAAAAACCGUGUGCGGUUCGCCUGGUGGGGCGCUGAGGAGAACGGCCUUUUGGGCUCCAAGUACUAUUGCAACAAUCUCUCGGCGCCCGAGAUCAACCAAAUCCUCGCAUAUCUCAACUUUGAUAUGCAGGCACGCGGUCGCAUCGGCGUGUCGGACAACGACGGCCGUGUAUACGGCAGUGUUGCCCCCAAGGGUUCCGAAGUCAUCCAACAGACCUACCUCGACCACUUUGCCGCCCAGGACAUCGAGGUCACGCCGCGCAUCCUUACUAACGGCAGCGACUACGCCUCGUUCUGGUCCAUCCUCAACAAGCCCUUCGGAUUCCUGCAGACGGGCAUCUUGCCCGAGGAGGAUCCGUGCUACCACCAGGCCUGCGAUAACAUCACCAACAUCCAGCCCGAGCUGCUACUUCUCAACGCGAGGGCCGCCGCUCACCAGCUGACUGUGCUUUCCCUUAACGGCACUUCGCUGAUUCCCAAGGUUCCCGUCCAGGAGGCCGGGCUUGCCGCCAUCCGCGCUAGGAGCCUGAUGCCCAGCUGGCCCAUCAUCGCGGGCAUGGACGAGGUCAGGGCGGCCGGUGAGUCGCACGUUGGAUGCGGGCAUGAGAUCUAGAUACUAGACAAGAUCCUGCGAACAUAAAAAUAAUAGGGUUUUAGGUGACAUUAAUUAGACGAUUGAUGACCAAGUAUUUCGUCUUCUCCUUCGCUGUAGUUCGUACGCAGUAACUUGCGUAGAGAUAUGAUUGGCGGCGUCCUCUGGGUGUAUCAUUCAUUAACCAUUAAACUGUAUCAUUGCUCUGAUAAAAUUCACCGAAUUCCAUGAAUGGACAAGGGACGAGAGCUCCCAGGACCAAAGGCGAAUAGGCUUAUGGUAGUUGACCG